UGGGGCGCAUCCGGUGUGGCGGCGCGGCCGGGGCCGGUGCUGGGCUCCGUGAGCGGGCCGGGACAUCCCGGGUCAGGAGUUCCUGAGGGGGCUGGGGGUCCCUGAGCGGGCCGGGACAUCCCGGGUCAGGAGUUCCUGAGGGGGCUGGGGGUCCCUGAGCGGGCCGGGACAUCCCGGCGGCGCCACCAUGUCGAUGUCGCACCUGUACGGCACGGACGGAGACGAUGGCGUGGAGAUGGAGAGCUUCGAGGUGUCGGACUGGGACCUGCAGAACGAAUUCAACCCGCACCGGCAGCGACACCGCCAGACCAAGGAGGAGGCUACCUACGGCGUGUGGGCCGAGCGCGACUCGGACGAGGAGCGGCCCAGCUUCGGCGGGAAGCGCUCCAGGGAUUACUCGGCCCCCGUGAGCUUUGUGAGUGCUGGGCUGAGGAAGGCGGCGGCCGAGGAGCUCUCGGACGAGGACUCGGAUGAGGACGAGAAGCCCGUGAAGCAGGAGGAGAUUCCCAAGGAGUUUGUGCCCAAGAAGUUAAAAACAGGUGGAAAUUUCAAGCCCAGCCAGAAAGGCUUCGUAGGGGGCUCCAAGUCCUUUGUGGAUUUUGGCAGCUGGGAGAGACACACUAAAGGAAUUGGGCAGAAGCUUCUCCAGAAGAUGGGAUAUGUCCCUGGAAGGGGUCUGGGGAAGAAUGCUCAAGGAAUCAUCAAUCCCAUCGAGGCCAAGCAGAGGAAAGGCAAAGGUGCUGUGGGCGCUUACGGCUCCGAGAGGACCCCGCAGUCCUUGCAGGACUUCCCUGUGGUGGACUCAGAAGAGGAAACUGAGGAGGAAUUUCAGAAGGAGCUCAGCCAGUGGCGGAAGGACCCAAAUGGAGGCAAGAAAAAGCCCAAGUACAGCUACAAGACAGUGGAAGAGCUGAAAGCCAAGGGCAGGAUCAGCAAGCAGCUUGCAGCCCCUCAGAAGGAGCUGUCCCAGGUCAAGGUGAUCGACAUGACGGGCCGGGAGCAGAAGGUUUAUUACAGCUACAGCCAGAUCAGCCACAAGCACAACAUCCCAGAUGACAGCCCCCAGCAGCCCCUGGGCAAGGACUCCAAGCCCCAGGGCUUUGCCCUGCCCGAGCUGGAGCACAACCUGCAGCUGCUCAUCGACAUCACGGAGCAGGAGAUCAUCCAGAGCGACCGGCAGCUGCAGUACGAGAGGGACAUGGUGGUCAACCUGAGCCACGAGAUCCAGAAGAUGGCUGAGGUGCUGUCCCACGAGGAGAAGGCCAUCAGCAACCUCAGCAAGGUGCUGGACAUGGUGGAGGAGUGUGAGAGGCGGAUGCAGCCGGGCUGUGAGAACCCUCUGACCCUGGAUGAGUGUGCAAAGAUCUUUGAGACCCUGCAGGACAAGUACUACGAGGAGUACAGGAUGUCAGACAGGGUGGACCUGGCAGUGGCCAUAGUUUAUCCUCUCAUGAAGGAAUACUUCAAGAACUGGGAUCCCCUCAAGGACUGUACAUAUGGCACAGAGAUCAUAGCCAAGUGGAAGAGCCUUCUGGAAAACGAUCAGCUGUUAUCCCACAGUGGGCAGGACCUGUCAACAGAUGCUUUCCACAGACUGAUGUGGGAGAUCUGGAUGCCAUAUGUCAGGAACAUCGUGGCACGGUGGCAGCCGAGGAACUGUGGAUCCAUGGUGGAUUUCUUGGAUAGCUGGGUGAACGUUGUUCCUGUGUGGAUACUGGAUAACAUUCUGGAUCAGCUCAUCUUUCCCAAGCUGCAGAAGGAGGUGGAGAGCUGGAAUCCUCUGACGGACACGGUGCCGAUCCACUCGUGGAUCCACCCCUGGCUGCCGCUGAUGCAGGCGCGCCUGGAGCCGCUGUACUCGCCCAUCCGCAACAAGCUGGCCAACGCCCUGCAGAAGUGGCACCCCAGCGACUCCUCUGCCAAGCUCAUCCUUCAGCCCUGGAAGGAUGUCUUCACUCCUGGCUCCUGGGAGGCUUUCAUGGUCAAGAACAUCGUGCCUAAACUCGGAAUGUGUCUGAAUGAGCUCAUCAUCAACCCUCACCAGCAGCACAUGGAUGCUUUUUACUGGGUGAUCGACUGGGAGGGGAUGAUUUCUGUCUCCAGCCUCGUUGGGCUGCUGGAGAAACACUUCUUCCCAAAGUGGCUGCAGGUGCUCUGCUCUUGGCUCAGUAACAGCCCCAACUACGAAGAGAUCACCAAGUGGUACCUGGGCUGGAAGUCCAUGUUCUCAGACCAGGUGCUGGCACAUCCCUCCAUCAAGGACAAGUUCAAUGAAGCCCUUGACAUCAUGAACCGGGCCGUGUCCUCCAGCGUGGGUGGGUACAUGCAGCCGGGCGCCCGGGAGAACAUCGCGUACCUGACGCACACGGAGCGGCGCAAGGACUUCCAGUACGAGGCCAUGCAGGAGCGGCGCGAGGCCGAGAACAUGGCCCAGCGCGGCAUCGGCGCCGCCGCCGGCUCCGUGCCCAUGAACUUCAAGGACCUCAUCCAGACCAAGGCCGAGGAGCACAACAUCGUCUUCAUGCCCGUCAUCGGGAAGCGGCACGAGGGCAAGCAGCUCUACACCUUCGGCAGGAUCGUCAUCUACAUCGACAGGGGCGUGGUGUUCGUGCAAGGGGAGAAGACCUGGGUGCCCACCUCGCUGCAGAGCCUCAUCGACAUGGCCAAGUGAGGCCUCUGUGCAAGGGGAGACCACCUGGGUGCCCACCUCGCUGCAGAGCCUCACAGACAUGGCCAAGUGAGGCCCCGCUGAGAACUGAGUCACCAGCCAGGAACAGCCUCUGGGUAACCCUUAGAAUAAAGUUCCAGGUUUGUAAAUAGUGACACUGGA